GCAUGUGGUGCGCGAGCCCAGUAGCAGUGUUGGCCUUAUUCACCGGCCUUUGGGUCUCUAACUCCAUGUCGGCGCAAGGCCCGGAGCCCGGGGGGUGGCCGAGGGUCGACUGUGAAGUGUGUAAAGAAUUCUUGACCCGGUUCUACAACUCUCUGAUAGCCAAAGGAGUUAACUUUUCUGCGGAUCUCAUAGAAAAAGAAUUGAUCAGCUUUUGCUUGGAUGUCAAAGGAAAAGAAAACCGCCUGUGCUAUUAUCUAGGAGCAACGGAAGACGCAGCCACAAAGAUCCUAAGUGAAGUCACUCGCCCAAUGAGUGUGCAUAUACCUGCUACGAAGAUUUGUGAGAAGCUGAAGAAGAUUGAUGGCCAGAUCUGUGAGCUGAAAUAUGAAAAGCGAUUGGACCUGGCUUCAGCAGACCUGAGGAAGAUGAGAGUAGUGGAGCUGAAACACAUCCUGUCCAGCUGGGGAGAAGAGUGCAGGGCCUGUGCGGAAAAGGCAGACUAUGUGAAUCUCAUUAAAGAACUGGCACCCAAGUAUUCAGCAACACAACCCAAAACAGAGCUCUGAU